AUGAAAUACACUCGUUUCUUGCUAGCGCUUCUUCUGGCCAGCUUUGCCGUCGCCGACGUGGAUAUCCAGAAACCCGAGUCUGGCCAAACCUUUGAUGCCUCCAGCGGCCUGGUCACGGUCGACAUCGAGUGGGAGGACGAUGUUGAAGGGUUUGACUUCUCAGACCUUGACAACGCCAACCACUACGAUAUCGUGCUCAUGACGGGAAAUAACGAAAAUAUAGGCACUGUCAAGCAGAUUGGCACUCGUAUCUCCAACACCGACCGCUCGUUUGCUGCCGAAAUCGACAACGACGUUGGUCCCAACGGAUACUACUUCUUCCAGAUCUACACCCAGUUCCCCAACGAGGGCUACACCAUCCACUACACCAACCGGUUCCGACUCACAGGCAUGGAGGGAGGAAAGCUGUCGUUCACAUACGCCAACUCCCUUUUCUCAUACACUGGCGACCAGCCUUCUCCUCAGUGGAACGCUGGUGGUACCGCCUUGAAGGUUGAGACUGAGUCCUUCUCGCUCACAUACACAGCACAGUCUGGAUGGGUCAGAUACGCUCCCAUGCAGCAAAACCCAACGAGUGCCGUGACACAAACAACAUACAACUCGAGAUACGAAACGUCCGACUACACGGCGUACUCGACCAUCAGCCAUUUCCCGGACGCCUGGACCACCACCACGGCUUCUAGAACAUACACCAUCAAAUCGAGAGAAAACACCCAGCCGGUGAAUACCUAUCCUACGUACUGGUACCCUGCAUCUUCAAGAAUCCGUCUGGCUACGCUUUCCGAUGCCAGGAGAAAGAGGUGGUUGUAA